ACGCAUAUAUGGUGCAACCGCUAUUAGGGCUUUGUGUAAUCUAAACGAAGCUCGCAAAUUCGAAUCUCCUCUUCCUCCAACCAAAACCAAAUCGAAGCGUUGCCAUGGCGACAACGUCGGUGGUGCCGGCGAACCGGCGGCGAGCGCCGAACGUGGCGGAGGAGAUGGACUUCGAGACGACGGAGGGAGUAAAGGCGAUCGCGAGCUUCGAAGAGAUGGGGAUAAAGGACGAUCUGCUCCGAGGAAUCUACCAAUACGGCUUCGAGAAACCCUCCGCUAUUCAGCAACGUGCCGUUACGCCCAUCAUCCAAGGACGUGAUGUAAUCGCUCAGGCACAAUCCGGCACCGGAAAAACCUCUAUGAUUGCUCUCACGGUUUGCCAAGUCGUUGACACCUCCGUUAGAGAGGUUCAGGCUUUAAUCUUGUCACCGACAAGGGAGCUGGCCUCUCAGACUGAAAAGGUUAUAUUGGCUAUUGGAGAUUUCAUUAAUAUACAAGCGCAUGCAUGCAUUGGAGGUAAAAGUGUGGGAGAAGAUAUAAGGAAGCUUGAGUAUGGAGUUCAUGUGGUGUCUGGAACUCCUGGCCGAGUCUGUGACAUGAUUAAAAGGAGAACAUUGCGCACAAGAGCUAUCAAGAUGCUAGUUCUAGAUGAAUCUGAUGAAAUGUUGAGCAGAGGGUUUAAAGAUCAAAUUUAUGAUGUGUAUAGAUAUCUCCCACCAGAUCUUCAGGUUGUCUUGAUUUCUGCUACCCUUCCCCAUGAAAUACUGGAGAUGACAAAUAAAUUUAUGACUGAUCCUGUAAGAAUCCUUGUAAAACGUGAUGAAUUGACAUUGGAGGGCAUCAAGCAAUUUUUUGUUGCGGUGGAAAGAGAGGAAUGGAAGUUUGAUACCCUGUGUGAUCUAUAUGAUACUCUCACCAUCACCCAAGCUGUUAUAUUCUGUAACACCAAGAGAAAGGUGGACUGGUUAACUGAAAAAAUGCGUAACAAUAAUUUCACCGUCUCGUCAAUGCAUGGUGACAUGCCUCAGAAAGAAAGAGAUGCAAUUAUGGCAGAAUUUCGUGCUGGAACAACCCGUGUACUUAUAACAACAGAUGUUUGGGCUCGUGGUCUUGAUGUACAGCAGGUUUCUCUAGUGAUCAAUUAUGACCUUCCAAAUAAUCGAGAGCUUUACAUCCAUCGAAUUGGCCGUUCUGGACGAUUUGGAAGAAAGGGUGUUGCAAUAAAUUUUGUGAAGACUGAUGAUAUCAAGAUCUUGAGAGAUAUUGAACAGUAUUACAGUACUCAGAUUGAUGAAAUGCCCAUGAAUGUUGCCGAUCUUAUUUAAAAUUGUCAUGUGGUAUAAUGGGUGGAGUGGGCUUGUCGUACCAUGUGGUAGGGAAUAGUGUUUAACUGUGGUUUCUUGCUCUGGAAUACAUUCCUUAUGCUCUUGUAAACUUUGAUAUUUGGUCAACUAGAAUUUUUAUAGAGGUUUGACUGUACCAGAGGUAGUGUUUGCUGAUGAGGUUGAAAUUAAGGUGUAAAUUGUGUUGAAUUGCGUUAAUUGAAUCUUUAAUUUUGUGCUUCAAAUGACAGGUGUGGUUUUAUUUUUUUAGCUAAUUUAUGGGCGCUUGCUGUUUACUGUUGUCA